CAAACAAAAGCGCCGUGUGUAUGUAACAAAGGACCUGCAUGGGUUCAGCAAGGUUCUGAAGAGCCUAAUGAUUUCAUGACUCUGCCAGUGGUGUAAUUUAUAUACCUUUCUCUCGUCUGACCAUGAUAUGAGGCUAGGAGACAACAAUGUUGGUAUGAACCUGAAUUUAAAAUUUCCAGACUGGACAUCACACUCAUUCGUAUGCUACAUCACUUCUAUAGCUAGUUCUAAUAGUUCCUGCAAGUUCUGAAUUAUUAGAGUGGAAAUUCUUGGAAAUAUUUAAAAAAACAAAAAAACAAAAAAAUGCUACAAGAUAUAUGAAACUGUAGUGGGAUGGAGAUGUUGUAUAGUGCUAUAUUGCCAGUAUAGUCAACGUAGUACAUAAGAAAAAUAUAUUUUGAAGGCUGUAAUAUUAGGAAACUCAAAAUACAUAAUCUGCUCUGUUAGAAAAAAACAGGCUGAGCAGCUGGUCUGCUUCGAGGCCUACAGCGGAUACUGCCUGCUAGACAUCCAGCACGCUCCAAAAGGUGAAGCAUCCAGAGGGUCUGUUCAGUAACACUGCAUUGAUCAGAGCUGAUGCAACGCGAUAAGGGUAGGAUAGGAAGUUAAAGCAGAGAUGAAAAAGUGGAUUCUUUAGUGGCAGUGACAGAAAUAGGGCUUUGAAUAAAUCAAAAGUUUCAUUUAUUUUUAGCCGAGGGUCUGUGCAGUCACCCGUAGAAAUGGAUCUGACAGCUUCCAAUUACAGUUAAAGGCUUACCUUGAGUUAAGUAUAUAGCUAGGUACCAGGAUCAGUGUUAUUUCCUUUGUGUUUGUUUUUAGUUCAUGUGUUUAUAUCACUCUUUGUAACAUAGAUUCUUGUUGAAUAUCACUUUUGAUUGUAUUAUAUGGAUUUAUAGGGGAAGAAAGAAAGGAAACUGGUCAGCUAUAUGUGGAAACUUGUUUUGGGUUGCUUUUUUUAGAAGGCAGCAAAACCAUAUUUUAUAAACAUGCAGCCUUCUGUUUUUUAUGUUUAAGUCAUAGAAUCACACUGUUGCUGUGUGGUGAAGCAGAGGUGGUCCCUUUCCUAUUGCUAGUUAUUGGACAGCAGCUUUAUUUGUGCAGUCUGUUUGAAAUACCCAAAUUUAGAAGGGGAGAAGGUGCGAAUUUUUUGUCCCCAGGGUGCUCAGAGGCAACUGAGGGCUGUUGGGAGUAGGAAUGUUUUGUCCUCAUCCUGAGCAGCGCAGAUUUUACUGCGUCUUUGCAGACGAUGUAGAUGUGAAUUUCCCCCAGGCAGUUCCCUGAGCGGUGAGAAUAUAACACAGUUCCUACUGCAGGUGGUAGGUAAGUAAACCAAAUAUUUUCAUUGUACUUGUUCUGUUGUUGCUUGCUGUUUGCUCUAGAUUUUAUCAGUUCGCUACAAGAUCUUGAUAGGAAGGUAGAUCUAGAUAGGAAUUUGGGGCAAAUCUAGAGUGGGUCGGAGUGGAGACGUGCUGAGAUCUUUCCAGAAGUCACUUUUAUGAAGUGCUUGUGCUAAGCAGGCAGUCCGUCCUGCACGUGCUUACUAGCUGGUUUGUGUGAAGUGUGUGAAGCUGAAUCUGUACUGCUCAGCUGUCCCAGAUGCGAGUUUGGGCAAGUGCUAAUCAUUGCGUCAUAGGAAAGCAAAGCCUUUUCAGUCUGUUUUCAGAAAUCCAGAAACCCCCACUAUUUGGCUGACAGCGGCACAGAGCAGCAUCUCUGUGCUGUCUAAUCAUUACCAGCAUCUUUUCUAAGAACAAGAAAGAAGCGGUCAGAAGGCUUGCUUCCUGAUCUUUGUGCAUUAGCUUUUUGAGAAGGCCUUGUUCCUUUACUGUACGGCGUACUUUUUUGAGCAUGCUGGGAAGAUGUCACAGCUCUGUCCCUCUGCUCAGGCUUUGUCUCAGCUUUUCGUGGGGGAGAGCUCUGGCCUAGAUGCUUUUCUUCUUACUUUGUAGCUGUUCAUUCGUAUUUGGUCACUGGGAGAGGUGGACCUCUUCAGACUUUUGGAUCCUAGCUUCUGAGAGUCUUAAGAACGGCCUACAAAAUUAGUCCCGUGUUAAAAAUCCAAAUUAGCUUGAGAUUUUCACAAGGCCUAGGUUGGUCUUUACACUAGUAAGGAUAUCAGAUAUACUUACUUACUCACUAGUCCUUAGUGUAUUUAUAAGUAUAUCUUAUAUAUAAUCCUUCAUAUAUUCAGCCAAUACCUCCAUGAAGAGAUGUUCACUGUGAUUAAGUUAGGCCUCUAAUUCGCAUUCCUAAAGGCAUCAGCAUGUGUCAUGAUUAAAAAAGGAUGUUAGAAAUCUAACUUAGCUCUGGCAAGUUCAUCUAACUUUAAGAGAACAACUUUACAACUGGAAAACUGGUUAUGUUCUAUAAACGGGGCACCUGUAGUCCACAUUACUCCUUGCUGUUUGCCCUGAGCCAUGGUUUGAAAAAACUCAGUUUUCUGUUAGCUAGAAUAAAUGUGUGUUACAAGUGGCAGGAUUUAGGAGGAAAACAGUUGUUUUUCAAUAAGAAGCUGUAAGUACUGAAGUUUGCUGAUUCCACAAAGACUUGAUUUGAAGACCACAGUCUUGUUUUCUUUAUCUUCACUUUUUUGUGGCUGUUGUGAAAUACUCACCUUUCUGGUUUAUUAUACUAAAUUAGCUCUUUCAUAAUUGUAUCAAUUACUGCACAGAAUAAUUGAUCAACUGUAAUCAGUAGUUCUUUUUGACCAGAAGUGAGUGAAGGAUGUCCUGUUUGCUCACUGAUGGGUGGUAACUUUCCCAGCAUUUCUGGACAGCUGUGUGUAAGCCCUUCAGUACCUAGAAAGUGUAACAGUGGUCACCUUUAAGAAAAAGGUGAUGCAUUUGCCAACUCAUAUUUUUCUGUUUUCCCACUGUGUUGUCCUCUGGCCAGCAGCCUGGAGCAGAGCACAGACAUGUGGUACGCAGCGCAGGGCUCAUGUGCAGCUGUUAACAAAAGGUUCUUGCGGCUCUCAUAAGCGUGCUUCUCUUUGUGGAGCUGUCACCUUAAGAGAUUUGCGUUGUUACCUGGCUUCUUUGCAGCCUGGGCAAAGGUACAUGCAGGAAGCACUGGCAGAAGGCAGAAUGGAAAGCUUCAGUUCCUGUUGCCUUGGAAGACUGAGGGCAUGGAGCAGCACGCUGUUGUAACAGGAUCUUUGCAAUGAGUUACCCAGGCUAUCCCCCCGCAGGCGGAUAUCCGCCAGCACCCCCAGGUGGCAGUCCUUGGGGUGGUGCUGCCUAUCCACCUUCAAAUCCACCUCCAAUUGGUCUAGAAAAUGUGGCUGGCUAUGCCAAUCAAUUCAACCCAGGCUACAUGGCUGGAAUGGCAUCCAAUAUGGCAGGGACAUUUGGAGGGUCAAAUGUACCACAAGGCAUAUAUCCUUCAGCACCUGGGGGUUAUCCACCAGUACCUCCAGGUGGCUUUGGACAGCCUCCGUCAGGACAGCAGCCCUCUUAUGGAGGGUAUCCUCCAACCGGAGGAAAUGUACCAGGAUACCCAGGUGGCCCUGCACUGGGCCAGCCCACACCACCUCCUGGUCAGCAGUCUAUGGGCUUUCCAGGACAACCGCCAGCACCUUACCCGGGGCAGCAGCCCAUGCCAAGUUAUCCACCAGGCCCAGCUGUGAAUCCGUCUAUGCCCUCUUUUCCAGGACCUACAGGGCCUACAGUUUCUCCUGGAGCAUAUGGAAAUCGAGGCACAAUCACUGAUGCACCAGGAUUUGACCCUCUGAAGGAUGCAGAAGUCUUGAGGAAGGCCAUGAAGGGAUUGGGAACUGAUGAGCAGGCGAUUAUAGAUUGUCUUGGAAGUCGUUCAAACAAGCAGCGACAACAGAUAAUCCUGUCCUUCAAAACAGCUUAUGGAAAGGAUUUGAUCAAGGAUCUCAAGUCUGAACUAUCAGGUAACUUUGAGAAGACAAUCUUAGCAAUGAUGAAGACGCCUGUCAUGUUUGAUGCUUAUGAAAUCAAGGAGGCUAUAAAGGGCAUUGGCACAGAUGAAAAUUGUCUCAUUGAAAUCUUAGCCUCUCGCAGUAAUGAGCAUAUUCAGGAACUCAACAGGGUCUAUAAAUCAGAAUUUAAGAAAACUCUGGAGGAAGCAAUAAAAAGUGACACAUCUGGACACUUUCAGAGGCUUUUAAUUUCUCUCUCUCAGGGAAACAGAGAUGAAAGUACAAAUGUUGACAUGUCUCUUGUCCAAAAAGAUGUACAGGAGCUCUAUGCAGCUGGUGAGAAUCGUCUAGGAACUGAUGAAUCCAAAUUCAAUGCCAUUCUGUGUGCGAGAAGCAGGGCUCACCUCAGAGCAGUUUUCAGUGAGUACCAGAGGAUGUGUAACCGGGACAUUGAAAAAAGCAUAUGUCGUGAAAUGUCUGGAGACCUGGAAAAAGGCAUGCUGGCAGUAGUUAAAUGCCUCAAGAACACACCAGCUUUCUUUGCGGAGAGGCUGAGGAAUGCUAUGAAGGGAGCGGGAACAAAAGACAGAACUCUGAUUCGAAUCAUGGUAUCACGCAGUGAGGUUGACCUGCUGGACAUACGUGCAGAAUACAAGAGGAUGUAUGGCAAAUCCCUCUAUGCAGAUAUCACUGGUGAUACUUCAGGAGACUACCGGAAAAUCCUACUCAAGUUGUGUGGUGGAAAUGACUAA